AACACAGUUAAUGAAAAAUCUUAUUUCUGUAUGUUUUGAUACAUUGGAAAUAUUGUAACAUUUAAGUAAUCAUUUUAAAAAUCUUAACAUAUAUUUCAUGAAGUACUUUACAAUACGCUUUCAAUCCAUUUGUAAAAUGGAUCUGUGCGGAACGUCUUUUUACGAAAUUAUAUCUUAAGCAAGUUUUAUGCUAAAAUCGUGAGCAAGUUGAAGAAAAGGUGGGGCUCAAACUAGCUCACUAGCACCUAAUUAUUGGUAGUGGCGUUAAUUGAGUCCUACAUUUUUAAUAUACCUUUUGUCGAAAUGGAAGAUAAAUGCGUGCUCAUUUCUUAUAUUUUUAAAGGAAUGACUUAAGAUUGGAUAUUAGUGUUUGCUGUUCUUAUAUAUUAUGAUUAUCACUUAAGAACUGUGUUAUGUAUACUUUGAUAGAAAUCCUUUUGGGCCUUGGAGUGCUUGGCACUCUGGUGACAGUCAUAUCUGCAUGUGUUUGUGGUUGCAGAAAUUCCAAUCAGAAAAGUGAGUUGGUUGGCACAGCGGGAGUGGUCAAAAUUCAUUUGGAUGAGGAGGCUCCAUCCCCAACGCCAACCACUCCAGCUUCUAUUAAGCGAGCCUCUACUCAAAAUAGUCAGCGAAGUUUACCAGAAAUACCACAUCCAGUUGGAAGACAUGAUAGUGGAGAUACAGCUUCAGAAAUUUAUGCAACAGUUAAUUUGGAUGAGGCGAACAAGGUCGCUGCAACGACGUCAAGAGAUCACCCAUAUGAGCACGCUUACGCCAAACUGCAAAAUGAAAGCCAUAACAUAACUGUUGAAAUAACGACGGACGAAAAUUCCGAAGUCGAGAUUCAAAUUGAUGAGAGGGAAGCCACGCCGUCAGCUGCAGUAUUAAUUUCAGAAUCUGUGCCAAUUUCGGCAUCCGUCGCCAUAAGCGGCCAAUUGCCGUCGAGUCAGGAGCUGCCUUACAUUACACCGCCUUCGCCGAGACCGAACCCCGAGCCUGCAGUUCACUUUAGCGGGGAUUCCACUGAUUCUGCCAAGGGCUACACAAGUAUAUCAGUAAGGGAGCCACUGAGUAACAUUCGUGCGCAGACCAUCAAACCCUCUCAACCCCACUAUGCCACCGUAUCUGAUGAUUCUGACGAAAUGUACGCGGCAAUAGAAGAAGCGAGCGUCGGCGAAGGUUCGGACACGUACGCACAGAUUCCGGACCCGCGAACACGAAGGACCACGACACAUGCGAUUGUUCAACAGCCCCCCUCAGAUAACACACAUACACACGAAGUUACUGUUCAUGCAAGGAGAAGUGCACCACCUGAAGUGGGUGCCUCGACGUCUCAUGGUACACAUUCUCGACAAGCAUCAAUGUCGUCAUGUUCGAACUCCGCGGGUGCGUUAGGAUCUCCAAAGCCAGAGAAGCGUCAGGCAAACUCACCUUUACCUCCACCGCCGCAAGCGCACGAUCCCAAACAUCACCGGAUAAAUAGUGCCAGUGAUCUCCACUUCAAUCACGAUAAACUCAGACGAAGUCUUAACGAAAAGCACCAACGAAACAACAGCUGUGUUAGUUCCUCGGACUUCUACGGCUGCAACUAUCCCGUUGAAAAACACCGGUUUAGUUCCGGGGACUUGAUAAGACCCCUCGUCGCUAAAGAACUCAAUUUCGACAUCGAUCAGAAGGAACAAGCGGAUAAUCUGUACAAUUCCAUCGAAGGACCAAACCUGAGCGACUACUCUUCCGCCGACGCUAAUACGAGUAUUAACUCGGAGCGGGCCACGGAAAGCCCGUCCAGAAACGUCGAAGAAAUGUACGCAAAGGUGAUAAAGAAAACUAAAACGAAAGAAGAGACAAUAAAAGUCAAAGACUCCAAUGAAGAGAAAUUGAAGUUUCGCGGCGACGAUCCCGGUUACGAGACGAUUGAUCGAAAACAGUCCGUUCACGGAUACGAAACGAUAUCGAGGAAACGAAAGAGCCAGACACAAGAUCCCGGCUACGAAACAGUAAAAGAAAUGCACAUCGGACAAAACUUCACCAACAACAACCUCAAACAGCACUUGAUGUCCGACAGUGGACCAAAUAGCAUCAUCAGCAAUGACGCCGGCUACGAGCUGAUAGCCAAAACGGACAACAAUGCAUCGGAUUCCGACCCGAACUAUGAAGUUCUAAGGAACAACCCACCCACACCGCCAUACGCGACCAUCAGUUCCAAUUACAAAGUACAAGCUACGUAUUCCACAGUGAACAAACGAACGGGCAAAUACAGCGGUCUGCCCAACAACAACGAACCGAGUGUCGAGCCUAACUAUGAGUCCGUGACUAAUGACCCGAUAUACACGACUGGGAGCGAAUCGGACCCCAACUACGAGUCGGUGAGGCCCAAGGAGCCGAAUUACGAGUCUCUCAGGGGUAAAGACCCAAAAUAUGAAUCGGUCCGGUCAAAAAACUCAAGACACGACUCGGUCCGGUCCAAAAACGAUCCUAACUACGAAAGUGUGAAAUAUUUUGAGCUCUCUAAGAAAGAGCCGCCUUACGAGAAGGUCGAUAUGGGUGAGAAUUCGGGUAUCGAAAGGUCCGAUUCCUCUGCGGGUUACGAAAGGAUAAAUAUAUCGAACAUUCGGGAACCGAAGAGUAUUAACAAUAGUGAUUGCACCGUGAGUGAUUACUUCCAAGUUUAAUACCAAAAUGUUGUAUUUUUGAACAUUUACCGUGUAAUUUGAGAUUGCUUUUAUUUAUUCAUGCUAAUUUUGUUUAUUACAAUUAAGCAUAUCGUUGACGAUAUUGUUGAUGAGCCGGUUAGAAUGAAUUGUAGUUAAACGGAGGAGUAAUCUGAGAAGUGGUAGCAGUUGAGUUCCUAUAUUCAUUUUAUUAACUAUGAAAUAAUAAUCGAAUUUUCUUUAAAAAGUUUGCUGUAGCAAACACUGAGUUUUAGGCGUCCCAUACAUGUACAAUAAUUAUAAUAAUAAUAAUAUUGAAUAACCUCUUUGAAUCUAAACGUUCAAUAAUAUUUAGCAAUUAGAUUGACAGACAAGUCAAUAUUUUCAUGAGAGAAACAUGUCUGACGACGAAGUCAUGGUUGCAGCCAUGCUAGUGAUUUUGUUGAGAAAAAAAGAUAUUGCGCAAUACUAACCCUACACAGUACAAAAAAUACAUAUUGCGCAAUAAAAUUUAAAACAAACUCUCAAACUCAAACAAACUUCUGUUCAAUCAUUGAAUUUUUCAAUAUUAUCCCUACCUAAUAAUAUUGUACAAUCAACUAUAUAGUGCAAUAUUAUUGUAGAUGUAUGGGAACGCCUUAGGGAGCGUUCAAGUAUUACGUAACGAAUUUGG